AUCUCCCCCGCCGCGGCCCUUCCUUGACGUGUAGUGUAGCGGACUUGCUCCAAGCACCCUGCGACACUCCUACAAUCUAUCUGCCCCUCCCAGUCAUCAUCGUCCGCGCCACUAUUCGACGCAGCCAUGGCCACCGUUGUCGCCAAUUCCCCGAUCCCUGCGCAGUAUGCGGCACCAGCACCUGCCGACGGGGUCGGUUCUGGCAGAACAUAUGCUGCCAUUGCGCCCUCCACCAUCUCUCCUCACAACGUGACGCCCACCUCCAAGCACUCUAAACUGCCUGACUACAAUGCUUCACCUACCUCCACCAGUAGUGAUGCAGCCAUGCAGCAGAGAGCAGAGGGAAAGCGCUCACCUCUUUCGUCACGCGACCCUCCAGCACCCAGGAUAGUCGUCAAGAAGGAGCCCGCCUCGCCAGACAUGCCCACCACCACACGUCAUCGCCCUCGACGCCUGGACCUGUCCAACCACAACAUCGUUCACUCGUCUGGCGCCCUCACUGCCCGCCCAUCUGGCCCAGGCAGUGCCAAUGUCAUGGACAUGGGUCUCGCCUGCCUGUCCCCAGGCUUCCACACCCAGGAUCCCACUUUGCGCUCACAGCUUCAGCGCAGUCUUGAUGUAAGAGAGAGGCAGAGACAGAUCAUUGAGGCUCGCCAGAAGAAUGGCGGUAAGGGCGGACCAGUGGACGAGGAACCUCCACGCAGCACCGAGGUUGGUGCAUUCGGCAGGUCUAUCAAGACCCCUCAGACAUCUAAGAGGAAGGGCCCCCCCCCUGGCCUCUCCAUCGCCCCUCCUGCCCAUCAGGCUUUUGCCAACGACAGGAUCAUCCAGUCAGCGCCCAUCAACCAGACCUUCACUGGCCUUCGCAGCAACGUUCCCCUGUCAAGACAGGUCACCAAUGGCCCCUCAGGUCUUUCGCAGUCGUCGCACAUCCACCAUGUGCCCGCACACCAGACCAACAACCGCCUGCCUCCAAUUUCAGAUGUCUUUCCAGAGCCUCUUCAUACUGCAAGGAAUCACUACAGCCCUGGUCACUCGUCACACUCGAAUCACCAGCCACCCAUGCCAUCCCCAGGAUUUGCUCCUCCCCACUCGGUACCACCCCCACUGACCUCAAGGCCUCGUGAGUACAAGUCAGCCGAGGAAGCGGUCCAGUCGUUGUCCGGUGGCCGCGAGGACCUCCUUCCUCGUCUUGUGCACUACGGCGGUCACCAGCCCCCUACACCGCCAUCACCUAUGCCAAAGAACGGCCAGUCGGCAUACGCCACGCACCCUGACGUCCUCCGAAGUGGUAGCUCAAGGAGACGCGGCCGUGACGAGUAUGAGCGAGACAACGGUACCCCGCCGCUGGGUCGUCAAGCACCUCGCAUCGGACCAUUUGGAGAGGGUCGUGACUCGCCAGAAACACAACAAAAGAAGAAGGAGGAGUUCAUUGGUCUGUGCGCAAGGGCUUGGGAUCUGUUCCAUUCGUAAUACCUGGCCUUGGCCUACUUCGAUACCUCAUUUAGGUCUGACUCGUUUUUGGCGGCGCUUUCUGGAGUAAAGACUACCUCGACCACAUCCUCACCUCUUUCGUCCCGUUCGGCGAGCCUUCAGCACUGCUCACUACUACCCCUUCUUCUCAACCUUC